UUCAACGACACAAUCUGCUUCGACACUCCGCAGGACGCAGCCUCCGCUGUCGCCUAGGGUGACAAGAUCCAACCAAGCAGAGAAGAUGAAUCAAUCCUUGUUUAGCAGUGGAAUAGAUUUGGCAAAUUUGGUGACCUCAGACCUCCUUCAACAAUCAUGGGUUAAAAUUUUGGACCUUAACAGGGACAACAAUCGAAGUGAUCCAAACUUCCAUCUCUCUGUUAUAUACAGAGUUUAUACACAUCCAGUCAAUGGUACUAUUGUGGCUUUUGCCUCUUCGCCCACUUGUACUGUACAACAUCUUGAAGGAGAAGCCAGAGAACUAAUUUCAUCUGAAACUCUUAGAAGUGAGAAUUUUCCUUGCUUUGAAUUUCUCAGCACCAAAAGAAACCAAGCCUUCUCCGUUCACAAAGCUGCAAUUUUCCUUUUUCGAUCUUGCUGUGAUGUGCUCUUUGACCUGAAAAAACAGCUGCUUGACAUUGCCACUCCUAUAAUUAUCACUGGACACUCUAUAGGGGGAUCCAUUGCCUCCCUCUUCACCUUAUUUCUGCUUGAAAGCAUUCCCCCGAAGGCCAGCAGACGCCACCCCCUUUGCAUCACUUUUGGCUCAACCCUUAUUGGUGACUAUGGCUUCCAACAAGCUAUACUUGAACGCCCAACUUGGACUUCUUGUUUUCUGCAUGUAGCCUCCAACUGUGAUCCGAUCCCCAAACUUUUCGUCUCAACUUCCCAAAAUGGAAUUUACCAGCCAUUUGGUACAUAUCUCUUGUGUUCUGAAUCCGGCUGUGCCUGUUUUGAGGAACCUGAAACAGUUUUGGAAUUGCUAGUGGCAAUGAGAUCGGAUAGCGUUGGAAAUCAAGAUCCCAACAACUAUACAUCGAUUUUGGAAUGCCUCCAGUGGAAGGCAAUUUGUAAGGGGUGUUCAGGGAUGACUUGCCCGCUUAGUACUCUUCAGGGAGGAAUUAUCACACAACUAGAUGCCAUUGGAAUUAAGAACUCACAGCUGCAGCAUGCUCUCAUAACAAAAAUUGAAGAAAGAACAAAGAAUCCUAUAUUUCAGAACAGGUCUGCUUUUGAUCCCAACAAAAAACUAAGUGACAGAAAGAUAGACAUGGCCUACCUUGAAUGGUACAAGAAGAUCAACACGGGUAAUAGAGGCUACUACGAUAGUUACAAGAACGCGUUGGCCAAGGGUACUGUUGUCAUGUACCAUAGGAGACUCACCAAUUACUGGAAGACUAUGGUUGAAGAGGCAGAUAAGUUGCCCCAGAAGGAGGAAACAUUUUUCCGUACUCGCUGGCUCUAUGCUGGAACAUCCUAUAGAAGGAUGGUUGAACCACUUGACAUAGCUGAUUACUACAGGAGAGGUAAACGGGACUACAUAACUCAAGGAAGAUCCAAACAUUAUGUCGUCUUGGAGAAGUGGCUGAAUGAUGCCCCUCGAUAUGCAAGUAAGAGAACUGCAGCUGGCAGUCUUACCGAUGAUUCUUGCUUUUGGGCACAUGUGGAGGAGGCUAUUCUUUCAUGCAAAUUGUUGCAGUCUGGAGAAGCCAGUCAGGCAGAUAAAGAAUCCUCAAGGGUGAAAUUGAUUGAAUUUGAUUGCUAUGCGAUGAAUUUGAUAAACAAUUUUGGGGUAUCCACCGAGGUUUUCUUAGAGCAGAGCAGCUUCAUGCGAUGGUGGAGGGAAUAUGACAUGAUAAUGGGAACUUCAUAUAAUUCAGAACUGGUUGAUUUCAUAAGGGGCGGUAAGCAUCAACAAUAUGCUUAGUGUUUGGGGCUCUUCUAAUGCAUAAACCUAACUAGUUAAGCUUGUAUGAAUCUUGUAUUUGUACUACAUGUUUAUGGACUUGGCUUUGGCAAUUGCUCUGUACUUGAUUGUAUUCCCACUUAAAAAAAAAAAAAAAAGGAUUAGAUUUUUA